UCGUGUUGUUGGAUUAUCCGGAACAUUACCCAAAGGCAACGGAUAAACGAGUUUUUAGCGCAUUUCAUUUUCCAACUUGCAACUCAUCUGACGGUUUUCGUGUGUGUGUGCGUCUCACGGUAAGGUCUCACGGAAACCCGUCCGCAAAGAGGAACAGGCCGUACCGCAAACAUCAUUCGUGUACCGUUCGUCAUACAGCAAACAAAACAAACCGUUUGUGCAAACCACUGUGAAACUAGUGAAAGUGAAUGUUGAUCAUUGAAACACAGUAUAAGUUGUUAUCUAUAAAGUAAACUAUAAAACUAAGAUCCACCUACCGGAAGUGACAAACGAAAAGUAAUACAUAGUAGUGAAUAAGCGCAGCCCGAAAAUGUCGCAACAACUUCCGAUACGCUUUCAGGAGCAUUUACAGCUCACCAACAUCAACAUCAAUGCGAGCUCGAUCUCGUUCACUAAUCUGACGAUGGAGUCGGACAAGUUCAUCUGUGUCCGGGAGAAGGUGGGCGAGACGGCCCAGGUCGUGAUCAUCGACAUGAAUGACGCACAGAAUCCGAUCCGGCGGCCGAUCAGUGCUGACUCGGCAAUCAUGAACCCGGCGAGCAAAGUGAUCGCUUUGAAGGCGCAGAAAACACUGCAGAUCUUCAACAUCGAGAUGAAAUCGAAGAUGAAGGCGCACACGAUGACGGAGGAGGUCGUGUUCUGGAAGUGGAUCACCCUCAACACGCUGUCCCUGGUGACGGAAACAUCCGUCUACCAUUGGUCGAUGGAAGGCGACUCGACGCCGAUCAAGAUGUUCGAACGCCAUUCGUCGCUGAACGGCUGCCAGAUCAUCAACUAUCGUACCGAUCCGAAGCAAGCGUGGUUGCUGCUUGUUGGUAUUUCGGCACAGCAGAACCGUGUGAUCGGUGCAAUGCAGCUGUACUCGGUGGAGCGUAAGGUAUCGCAAGCGAUUGAGGGUCACGCUGCCUCGUUUGCCACCUUCAAGAUGGAGGAGAACAAGGAACUUUCGACGCUGUUUUGUUUCGCCGUCCGGUCGCAAACCGCUGCUAAGCUGCACAUCAUUGAGGUCGGUACACCGCCGGCCGGUAAUGUGGCGUUCACCAAGAAGGCGGUGGAUGUGUUCUUCCCGCCGGAGGCGCAAAGCGAUUUCCCGGUCGCGAUGCAGGUAUCGCCCCGGUACGAUGUGAUCUACCUGAUCACCAAGUACGGCUACAUCCACAUGUACGACAUCGAGACGGCGACCUGCAUCUACAUGAACCGUAUCUCGGGCGAUACCAUCUUCGUGACGGCACCGCACGAAUCGAGCGGUGGCAUCAUCGGUGUGAACCGCAAGGGCCAAGUGCUUUCGGUGACGGUUGACGAGGAGCAAAUCAUCCCGUACAUCAACACCGUGCUACAGAACCCAGAUCUAGCGCUGCGUAUGGCGGUGCGAAACAAUCUGUCCGGUGCGGAAGAUUUGUUUGUCCGCAAAUUCAACCAACUGUUCCAGAAUGGACAAUUUGCGGAGGCAGCGAAGGUGGCAGCGAUUGCACCGAAAGGCAUCCUGCGUACGCCGCAAACGAUCCAAAAAUUCCAGCAGGUACCGGCACAGCCGGGCACGAACUCACCACCCUUGCUGCAGUAUUUCGGCAUUCUGCUCGAUCAGGGCAAGCUGAACAAGUACGAAUCGCUCGAACUGUGUCGCCCGGUGUUGGCGCAAGGCCGCAAGCAGCUGUGCGAGAAGUGGCUAAAGGAGGAGAAGUUAGAGUGUAGCGAGGAGCUUGGCGAUCUGGUGAAACCGUCCGAUCCAACUCUCGCUCUUUCCAUCUAUUUGCGCUCGAACGUGCCUAACAAGGUAAUUCAGUGUUUCGCCGAAACGGGUCAGUUCCAGAAGAUUGUACUGUACGCAAAGAAGGUCAACUACAGUCCGGAUUACGUGUUUUUGCUGCGUUCGGUGAUGCGAACGAAUCCGGAGCAGGGUUCCGGGUUUGCGAGCAUGCUGGUAGCGGACGAGGAACCGCUGGCUGACAUCAACCAGAUCGUGGACAUCUUCAUGGAGCAGAAUAUGGUACAGCAGUGUACGGCGUUCCUGCUCGAUGCACUCAAGAACAAUCGUCCCGCGGAAGGUGCGUUACAGACACGCUUGCUGGAAAUGAACCUCAUGUCGGCACCGCAGGUGGCCGAUGCAAUCCUGGGCAACGCCAUGUUUACGCACUACGAUCGCGCGCACAUUGCGCAGCUGUGCGAGAAAGCUGGUCUGUUGCAGCGCGCUCUGGAGCACUAUACCGAUCUGUACGAUAUCAAGCGUGCGGUCGUCCACACGCAGCUGCUGAAUGGCGAUUGGCUGGUAGGAUUCUUCGGCACACUCUCGGUGGAAGAUUCACUCGAGUGUCUGAAAGCGAUGCUGACGGCGAACAUUCGUCAAAAUCUGCAGAUCUGUGUGCAGAUUGCGACAAAGUACCACGAGCAGCUGACGACCAAAGCGCUGAUCGAUCUGUUCGAAAGCUUCAAGAGCUACGAAGGGUUGUUCUAUUUCCUGGGCUCGAUUGUGAACUUCAGCCAGGAUCCGGAGGUACAUUUCAAGUACAUUCAGGCCGCCUGCAAGACCAACCAGAUCAAGGAGGUGGAGCGUAUCUGUCGCGAGUCGAAUUGCUACAAUGCGGAGCGCGUGAAGAACUUCUUGAAGGAGGCCAAGCUAACCGAUCAGCUACCGUUGAUCAUUGUGUGCGAUCGGUUUGAUUUCGUGCACGACUUGGUGCUCUACCUGUACCGCAACAGUCUCCAGAAGUACAUCGAGAUCUAUGUGCAGAAGGUGAAUCCGUCGCGUUUGCCGGUGGUCGUCGGAGGUCUGCUGGAUGUCGACUGCUCGGAGGACAUUAUAAAGAACUUGAUACUGGUCGUGAAGGGACAGUUCUCUACUGACGAGUUGGUGGAAGAGGUUGAAAAGCGCAACCGGCUGAAGUUGCUGCUGCCGUGGCUCGAGUCGCGCGUCCACGAAGGAUGUGUUGAGCCGGCGACACAUAAUGCGCUUGCCAAGAUCUACAUUGAUUCGAACAACAAUCCGGAACGUUUCCUGAAGGAGAAUCAGUUUUACGAUAGCCGAGUGGUGGGACGUUACUGCGAGAAGCGCGAUCCGCAUCUGGCCUGUGUUGCGUACGAGCGGGGCCAGUGUGAUCGUGAGUUGAUCGCUGUUUGCAACGAAAACUCGUUGUUUAAAUCAGAGGCGCGCUACCUGGUACGUCGUCGUGAUGCCGAACUGUGGGCGGAAGUGCUCUCCGAGGCAAAUCCUUACAAGCGCCAGUUGAUCGAUCAGGUUGUUCAGACUGCCUUAUCGGAGACGCAGGAUCCGGACGAUAUUUCGGUCACUGUAAAGGCGUUCAUGACGGCCGAUUUGCCGAACGAGUUAAUCGAGCUGUUGGAGAAGAUCGUGCUUGACUCUUCCGUGUUCUCCGACCAUCGCAACUUGCAGAAUCUGCUUAUUUUGACCGCAAUCAAGGCAGAUCGUAGCCGCGUUAUGGAUUACAUCAAUCGUUUGGACAACUACGAUGCGCCUGAUAUCGCUAACAUUGCAAUCAACAACGAGCUGUACGAGGAAGCUUUUGCGAUAUUCAAAAAGUUCGACGUCAACACUUCGGCCAUCCAGGUGCUGAUCGAGCAGGUAAACAAUCUGGAGCGUGCGAACGAGUUCGCUGAGCGCUGCAACGAACCGGCCGUAUGGUCACAGCUGGCCCGCGCUCAGCUCCAGCAAGGGCUGGUGAAGGAAGCGAUCGAUAGCUACAUCAAGGCGGAUGAUCCGAGCGCCUACAUUGAUGUGGUUGAAACGGCAAGCAAGAAUGAUUCCUGGGAGGAUCUGGUACGCUAUCUGCAGAUGGCACGCAAGAAGGCCCGCGAGAGCUACAUCGAAAGUGAGCUGAUCUAUGCGUAUGCCCGUACCGGCCGAUUGGCCGAUCUGGAGGAAUUCGUGUCCGGUCCGAACCAUGCCGACAUUCAGAAGAUCGGCGAUCGUUGCUUCAACGAUCGAAUGUACGAAGCGGCGAAGCUGCUGUACAACAACGUAAGCAACUUUGCACGGCUCGCCAUCACAUUGGUGCAUCUGCGCGAGUUCCAGGGCGCAGUGGAUGGGGCCCGUAAAGCUAACUCCACCCGCACCUGGAAGGAGGUGUGCUUCGCCUGCGUGGACGCGGAAGAGUUCCGGCUGGCGCAGAUGUGUGGCCUUCACAUCGUGGUACACGCGGACGAGCUGGAGGAUCUGAUCAACUACUAUCAGGACCGGGGAUACUUCGAGGAACUGAUUGGGCUGCUGGAGGCGGCCCUUGGACUGGAGCGUGCGCACAUGGGUAUGUUCACCGAGCUGGCAAUUCUGUACUCGAAGUACAAACCGGCCAAGAUGCGUGAACAUCUCGAGCUGUUCUGGUCGCGCGUUAACAUUCCGAAGGUACUGCGUGCGGCCGAACAGGCGCACCUUUGGUCGGAGCUAGUGUUCCUGUACGACAAAUACGAAGAGUAUGACAACGCGGUACUGGCCAUGAUGGCACAUCCGUCCGAAGCGUGGCGCGAAGGUCAUUUCAAGGAUAUCAUCACCAAGGUGGCCAACAUUGAGCUGUACUACAAAGCGAUACAGUUCUAUCUCGACUACAAACCGCUGCUGCUGAACGAUAUGCUGCUCGUGCUGGCACCCCGCAUGGAUCACACUCGUGCGGUCAGUUUCUUCACCAAACAGGGUCACCUGCAGCUGGUCAAGACCUAUCUGCGCUCCGUGCAGAGCCUGAACAAUAAGGCAAUCAAUGAGGCGCUCAAUGGGCUGCUGAUCGACGAAGAGGACUAUCAGGGUUUGCGGACGUCCAUCGAUGCGUUCGACAACUUUGACAACAUUGCGUUGGCGCAAAAGCUCGAAAAGCACGAGCUUACCGAAUUCCGUCGCAUUGCUGCCUACCUGUACAAAGGAAACAAUCGCUGGAAGCAAAGUGUGGAGCUGUGCAAAAAGGAUCGUCUGUUCAAGGACGCGAUGGAAUAUGCGGCCGAAUCGCACCAGGGCGAGCUGGCGGAAGAGUUGCUCGGUUGGUUUUUGGAACGGGGCGCAUACGAUUGCUUCGCGGCAUGUCUAUUCCAGUGCUACGAUCUGUUGCGGCCCGAUGUAAUAUUAGAACUCGCAUGGCGUCACAACAUCAUGGACUUUGCGAUGCCUUAUAUCAUUCAGGUGACGAGAGAAUAUACCUCCAAGGUGGACAAACUCGAAGCGUCCGAUGCGGAGCGACAGAAGGAAGGCGAAAGUACCGAACACAAAUCGAUCAUCAUGCCGGAACCGCAGCUCAUGCUGACCGCUGGACCCGGUAUCGGCAUGCCCCAGUAUGCACCACAGUACGCCGGUGCGUACGUGCCGCCGCAACCAAAUAUGACCCCAUACCAGUACGGUGGUUUUAAUUAAAGAUUCGUCAGGAAAACAAGCACACAAGGAAGGUUUUUGGAAACUUUAACUACCAAAGCACAUGCAAAGCGUUGUCGUAUGUCCUGCUGGUGUGGUGUGGUGCAAGACAUUAAAGCUUCUUCAGACAGAAUAUCUUCAGUUCACAAAGCGGGGGGGAAACCUUUCCGAGCGGGUGUGACGCGCGCGUGUUCAAUUCGGCAUUCAUCCUCUUCUUUCUGUGUAGUGUUCCAAUAAUGUUGCGUUGGCAAAAGGAUGUAGAAGGUAUUUGUUCAAACACUUGCGUUGUCUUAAUUUAUUUGCUGAACAUACUGUAAUUGUAACGAGUUUUUUCUUACACUGGCAACACAUAGACAAAUGAUUCGAGCAUCAUAAUAGUAACGAAAGUAAAAACGCACGUUUGAAAAGCAAAUGAAAAAUUAUUCAAAAUACAAAAACGGGGGGUUAGCAAAAAUAUUAUACGAAUCCUAGUAUUUUGCAAACUUUAAGUAGAAAUUCACAACAUAAAAUCGUUAUCAUUUAUCUUACUGUUUCACUAAGAAAAUGAAAAAAAUAGAUACAAAACAGAUGAAUAUAUACAUAAAUAUAUAUAAAGAGAGAGAUAGAGAGGGCGACAUAUGCGAACUAUGCACGAUGCGUAAUAGUAAAGAGUGUGUAAAUACAUGGAGGAAGCAAGCAGCGAACCGCGGAACAACGCUAAUCUUCUUGUUAUCGUUGUGUAAAAUUUAUCCUAUAACUAGCAAAACAAAAGACCAUACAAGAAAAUUACACAGAGCAAAAACACAACAACAAAGAAGCACUAUUAAUUUACUCUAAUCAAAACGGCAAGAGAUUUGUGUUUAUAAAUUUGAGACAACAAGCCUCAACAAGAUUUCCCCAAUAGAAGGAACAAUUUAGCGUCCCACAUUGGAGUUUUACGUGAAUACGUUGCAUACAAUAUGUAGUAAUUUCUGGGAAGGGUGGUGAAAUAAAAAAGGAUGCAUUCCUAGUAGAACGAUCCCAUUGUAUGAUAGCUGCUGCGACACUCCCGUUUUCAAUCUCUUCCCUUCUUCUCAUGUAGCAGAAUUGGCGUGUCCUUCUUAUACGGAUGUUCGUUUUUGCAAAUGCAGUAUUUAUUGCUUUAUUAUUCCUUCACGGCAGGGGAUGGACAUAAGUUUAUUACUACCUUUCCCCGGCCGUGUUGUGUUUAGUGUAUGCGAUGCCUGAAAGUGUGCAAUCAUUAUUUUUUUAGAAUUAUUUUUCAUGAUUUUUUCAGAGUGUUCACACAGUUCCCAGUGUGCUAGCGUGUGUGCACUCACGAUAAAGUUAAAAACUUACAUUUUUUUUCUCUUUGAUUCAUGCACUUAUGCACUAAAAGCAAAACCAUUCCUUUUUUUAACGCGUGCGAUACAAAAAUGACACGAAAUGUUAUUUCUAUUUGAUGUACAAUUGUUGUACAGUGGACGUGUUUUCUUUUCAUCAGUUAUGCUUAUAGAUUUAGAUCGUUUUUUGAGUGAUGUUUGUGUUUGAAAACUAUUCCUACUUUAGUGUAUGCUUUCGUUUUAUUUUCUCGCACAUUUGUAUUGCACCACAAGCACAAGAGAUUUUCGUUUCUUUUUUUAACCAUCGUUUGGUGGCAAACAUGGAACGAUCGUGGCUGACAGCCAAAUCAGUAGCCAGGUAGUGUUCGUUAACACUCGAUCAUUUGUGUCGGCGCAAGAAAAGGAUUUAUUUUUUUAUUUAUGCAAUUUAUAAUUAAUAUUAUGCGUUAUUAAAUAAUAACUAUGGACAGGCAAUAACAUGGCAAAUGGAGUGUAAAGUAUAACUAUAAACACACUUACUUCAUUGUGUCACGGAUUGGCAUCCUGCCCUUCUCGAUCGUAAUGGGAACCGGAUGUUUAGAUCAAUAUGUUUCUCACACACAAAAAAAAGCAAAAUACGUAUACAUACAUAUAUCUGCUAUAAAUAUGCAUUCAUGAUGCAGUGUAAUACGCUCUAAACAAACAAAAAAACAAACAAAACCACUCUUUCCCCCAUUAUAUGCAUUGAUUCGCUAACAUAUGAAAGUAAAUCGAUGAAUCACUGGUUGAUUGAAAUUAAAUGCUAUCGUUUAAACCUAUGAGUAAUAAACAGAGAAAAAAAACAAUAAUAAACGCGAGAGAUACAAAUGAAUAAACUCAAAGUUGUCAAAUAA